GGAGGUCGAACCAGAGAGGACAUGAUCGCAAGUGCGAAGAAAAGUGGAGUGGAGUGGAGAGGAGUGGAGCAGGGGCAGGGGCAGGGGCAGAGCGCCGCAAAGAGGAGAGAUGGAUCGUACCGACAGCCGGGUGGUGGUGUUGCACAUGCUGCAGCGCAGCCUCAGCUGCUGAGGCAGUCAGUCGGAGUCCGGGAUUUCUCGGCUCGGCUCGGAAAGGGCCGCGUGACGGUGGCGGAGAUGAGAUGAGAUCGAGCAUCGUACGCAACCCUGAAGAAUUUUGAUCCGCCGUGGAGUGGAGUGGAGUGGAGCAUGACGCAGCUCUUGAAUCGCCCUCGAACGCAGCCCACUCGCUGAUAGGAAUUGAACCCCAGAGCCAUAGAUAGAGCAGGAGAGCGAUCGGCUGUGACGAGCAAAUAUUUAACUGCAAAGCAAUCCAGUCAACCGACAUUCCCACGAGUUGUGCUCUCCAGGCCCCGCAUUGCAUCAUGCUGCAUCCUCCCCCUGCCUCUCUGUCUCUGUCUCCCUCUCUCCCUGUCUCUGUCUCUCUGUAAGACAUCGACAUUGUGAACAUGGUCGUGCGUCUGUCCGGCUGCUGCGAUUGACCACGAGAAGCAAGGGUAGGAAAGGGAAGGCGAGGCAAGGCAGGGCAAGGAAAUCGGAGGGAAGAAAUGCAGCGUGACUGAGUCGGUCGAAGUGCGCGGGGACAGUGCUGGCGGCCAUUUCCCUGGAGCGAUUUCGGCGGCGAGUCUGCGACGCGUGACGUAGUACCGCUCUGCUUCGUGGCCUGUGGAAGCAAGAGAGAAGAAGGUCGGGCAGCUAAUCUGCAACGACGCCAGCAGUUGGAGCGAGCCUGCCUGCCUUUCAUUCUCCGUGCCAUUGCUCUGUCCGCUGAGGUUGUUGUGCUGGCCUGCGGUAUUCCGGAAACAGACCAGAAAUUCUUGCAGCUUUGACCGCCCUACAUUGCCUCAAUUUGCACUGCGCUUUUAAGCGCUCCGCCUCCGACUGCGACACGAAUGAAUCUGACUCUGAUCUGCCUCUCUCCCCUCUCUUAAUCACCUCCCUCCUCCCGUCCUCUUCAUCAUCAUCUUCUUCUUUCUUCUUCUUCUACACGAAACCUCGAGGUUUGGGGUUUGGGUCAUAAUGGCUUCCACAUGAUUCCGAGCUCAAUCGGCGUGGGCAUUACAUUACAACCGCGUGCGUCGACUCCGCAUCGUCUCACUCGAAGCUUAAGAAUCCACCGAUGGCGAGAAUUGUCGCGCUCACGAGCGUCGUCGUGCUCACGCUGUGGUGGUGCGUGCUUGUGGCGGAGGCGGUGGAAGAAGGAUACCAAGAGUUUCGCGUUUCGCGAGGCCAGCAGCAGAAGCCUCGGAGUGGGCACCUGUACCCGUGGGAGCAAUCGGUCGAGUGGAGCAAGAGCCUGCCGCAAGGCGGCGUGGGCCUGAAGCUCGUGCACCGCGACGAGUGGGACUCGCCUCUCAUCCGGCCCCGAAGCGCCAGCAGCAUUGGCAGCAAUCGCCUGCAGCGCGACAGAGCGCGAGUGCAAGCGCUGAACCAAAGGGUGGCAAUCCCCUCGUCGGGCGGGGGCACGCCGGGGCCGCCAUUGAGAAGCCCCAUCAUCUCAGGCCUGGCCGAAGGAUCGGGCGAGUACUUCACCCGAAUCUCGUUCGGCUCGCCGUCGUCCGACGUGCUCGUGACCAUCGACACCGGCAGCGACUUGCUGUGGAUCCAAUGCCACCCGUGCGACAAAUGCUAUGUCCAGGUGGGGCCGAUCUUCAACCCGGGCGAGUCGCACUCCUACGAUCCCAUCCACUGCUACUCGGAGGCGUGCGAGACUCUGGCGCACAGCAAGUGCUCGGGCGUCACCUGCCAGUACGAUGUGAGCUAUGGCGAUGGGUCCUUCACCACGGGCGAGUUCGCGCGCGAGACCCUGACGCUCAACAACACCAAGAGCAAGCCCUUCAUGAUCCACGAUUUCUACUUCGGCUGCGGCCACGACAACGAGGGCUUGUUCAUCGCCUCGGCCGGCCUGCUGGGCCUCGGCCGAGGCCCUCUGUCGUUUCCCUCGCAGCUGUCCCGAGUCCUGAGCCCGCGAUUCUCCUACUGCCUCACGGAUCGCUUCGCGCUCGACGGCCCCGAGCCCAGCGACAGCUUCCUCUACUUCGGCGAGCCCGAGACGAGCCACAUGAAAUUCACGCCAUUGCUGCACAAUCCCGCAGCUCCCACCUUCUACUACGUGCAAUUGACGGGCAUCAGCGUGGCCCGGCAGCAGCUGCAGAUUCCGACCUCGGAAUUCGAGAUGGACUCGGCGGGGCGAGGAGGCGUGAUUCUCGACACGGGCACGUCCGUGUCGAGGCUGCCGACGGUGGCGUACAAGGCCAUGCGCGACGAGUUCCGCGAGAAGCUGCCGAAUCUGCAGCUGGUCGAUGUCCCGGGGCAGGAUUUGUUCGACACGUGCUUCCGGAUCGACGAGGACCAGACCGUGCCGACCAUCACGCUGCACUUCUCCAACGACGUCGACAUGGUUCUGCCCGCGGACAAUGUGCUCAUCCCCGUGGACGAAACGGGCGAGCUCUUCUGCCUCGCCUUCGCGGGCUCCGAUGGCCGCGCCAACCUGUCCAUCAUCGGCAAUGUGCAGCAGCAGGGCUUCCGCAUCGAAUUCGAUCUGUCGGCCAAGGCCCGCGUCGGCUUCACGAGAGUGGAUUGUUCCCCGAAUUGAAGCCUCGACGUCGGACACGACGAAGGCACACGGACAGUAGCCAGACAGGCUGGCUGGCUGGCAGGCUCAGAUGCUGACAGGCUUGCUAUCGUCGCCGAUCGGCAUCGAUUGCUCGAUCGGCCGAUCGACGGAUGGAUCGAUGGAGAGAUGGCCAGCCCGCAGCCAUGAGAUCGAUCUGAGAGGUGUGCUGGAAACUCUGUUUCUGAAAGCUGCUGCAGGCAGGACGGUUGGGCUUCACUGGUACUCUAGAGUAUGUAGUAGGUAGGCGAGGAACAGAGUGAGUGAGUGAGUGAGGUUAGAAUUCCAUUGAAUAAGAUAUGCAUUUAGGUUUCUCCAGAGAUUGUGGGCAGAUCAAGAUGAUGAUCGAAACCAGGAGCUGUGUCUUCCAAUGGCUCGCAAGCAAGCAGUGGGGGGCACGCAAGCAGCAACCAUGUUUGUUGUUGCUCGAGACUGACGUCAAUAUUUGUUGCCACCGGGACAGCAAGAAUCAGACACGGAUUAUGGACGUGACCGCCAAUGAAUCUAAUGAAUGUGUCCUUCUGAAUAUCAUUUCCUUUUUC